UGACCAUUGACAAGUUGACUGAUUGGUUGUCGUUAGAGGGUCGUGUACACAAUCAGUGUAAAUAACUGGCAAGACCUCCCGAAUUCUCUACCUUCACAAUUGUUAGUUGCGGUUUUGUUUGCGAGGAACUGAGAAUUUGGCUAGUAAUUUGUGCAGUGUAAAUAUCUUGUUUCAACAACUUGCAUCCAAGAUUGGAUCCCUUUUGAAAUGAGUUAAUGUUAAAAUUAUAAUGUCAACAUUGGGUGAUGUGAGAGUAUCUACAUCAUAUGAAAUUUCUGAACUAAAACACUCUAGUCUUACAGUGUAGUAGCAUUUUGAAUCUAUUUGAUUAUAUUAUACACAUCAAGGAGUUCUUGGAGGUUGGUCAUUUUCAAUAGACUACCAUCAUCCAUUUUGACCCACCUUGUUGAGACAAAACAUGAUACUUCACAUUAGAGGAAUGUAUUUUGAAGAGAAGGAAAAUUGACUAGUAGGAGUGUCGACUUGUUUUUUUGUUUUUUCUUUGAUAAAGAAGAAAAUGUCUUAUAUGCCAGUUUUACUAUAGAAAAGGAUAAUAAUGAAUUUUAAGUUUGAUUGGUGAUUUUAUGUGGACUUUUCCUAUGUUUAUUUAUAACACUGACCAUAGGAUUAAACAGUUUUAUGGUGUCGUGAAGUCCAGUUGGUUAUAUUGUCGCUUGAUAAAUGCACAAAUUAUACGUUUCUUAUUUUGUUUAUUAUUACAGAUUAUAUUCAAAGAUGUAAUUAACUGUGAUCUGUGUUAAUGGAUUAUUUUGUGUAUAAAGGAUAUGUGUGGAUAUAUAUUUAUUUUAUGCGUGACUAUAUAUGGAGUAUAUAAUACAUAAUGCCUGCACCUGCGGAUACCUCAUUUAUGUCAGAGAAUCAGUCUGGCACAGUAUAUAUUAGGAUAGCUAUACCAGAACUCAAAAUACAGAAAUGUCUUCAGUUUGAGUUAGAUGAUACAGUAUGGCAGGCCAAACAACGGGUUCUAGCAGCAUUCUCAAAGGAUCUACGAGAUUCAUUAAAUUAUGGAUUAUAUCUUCCACCAGUCAAUGGCAGAGCUGGCAAGUUUUUGGACGAGGAGAGAUUUUUAAAGGAAUAUCCUUUACAGGGUCCUAUUGGAUUCCUAGAGUUCAAAUACAAACGAAGAGUCUACAAAGUGAUGCAAAUUAACCCACGUAAAUUGAAACAGCUUCACACUAAGACACAGUUAAAGAAUUUUCUGGAACAGGUUAGAAAUGGUAAUAUAGAGAAGGUGAUUAAACUAACUAAUAAAGGAUUAGAUCCCAAUUUUCAUGAUCAUGAUAGUGGAGAGACACCAUUAACUAUAGCAACAACCUUACCUCGAGAUAAAUGUCGAGAAAUGAUAAUGAGUAUGGUGAGUGGAGGGGCACAUCUUGAUUUUCGUAAUAAACAAGGGGUUACCCCCAUGCACUGUGCAGCAAUUCAUGGAAAUUUAGAAGCAAUUAAGGCAUUAUUAGACCUUGGUGCGUCCCCAGAUUAUAAAGAUUAUCGCAAUUUAACACCUCUAUAUUACUGUGUUUCUAAUGAUACUAAUGCAAUAUGUGUAGAGGUUUUAUUACAUGAGCGAGCUGUGAUUGGUACACAUGAUGAACAAGGCUGGUUUGAAAUACAUCAGGCUUGUCGUUAUGGUAGAGUACAACAUUUGGAACAUUUGUUGUAUUAUGGUGCUGAUAUGGAUGUACAGAAUGCUAGUGGUAAUACACCAUUACACGUCUGUUGUGUAAAUAAUCAGGAAUCUUGUGCUAGAGUUCUGUUAUUUCGUGGUGCCAAUAAAGAAAUCCUGAACUACAAUAAUCAAACCCCCUACCAAGUAUGUAUUAUGGCAAAUAAUCAAGACUUGGCAGAAAUAAUCAAAAAUCACAGCAUUGAUGAUGUUGUUCCGUUUCGAGAAAUUCCCAAAUAUAGUGAAAGAAGAAAAAUGAUGAAUAUGACCACAAGUAUACGUAAUUUGGUGCGAUGUCGAUCUGAUCCACGACUUAAUCUCAGUUUGUUAGAAGAACAGUUUUUAAAAGGAGGAAUGUCAAAUCACAUGAUGAAUAAUGAUCAUUAUGAUAAUGGAUCAUAUCCACCAUCACGAGAAUAUAAUUCUGAUUCUCCUAGAUCUCUUAGUAUCUCUAGUUCGAGCUCAGGUCCAGCUAAAUACUAUCAGUAUCCAUACUUUGCUACCACAUCAGUGAGAUCAAGACCAUUCUCUACUGUGUCAGGUGGUAGAGUGUUCGUGUGUGUACGUAACAACAGAGCUCAUCAUCCAUGUGACAUAAGCAUCAGAAGACUACAACGUACUGGUGAUAUGAUAGAAGUGUUAAGUGUUGGAGAUCAAGGUUUUUAUGAAGGUAGAAGUAAUGGUAGAGAGAGUUGGUUUCCUGGUGGUCCAGUCCAAGAUGGCCAGCUAAGAAGAGCUGGUUCUAUGGGGAAUCUGAUAGAUGAUACUGUUACAAUGCAUAGGAAUACAUUAGCAGCUUUGGUGCAACAAAAUAAUGGAGGUGAAUAUGCUCCAAGAACAGUUUUAUUACAACGAAGGCCAGAAGGUUAUGGAUUUGUGUUACGUGGAGCUCGAUCCCAAUCUCAAAGUGCCAGUCUUGAUUUCCAGCCAUGUGCCGAGUUUCCAGCAUUACAAUAUCUUGAUAGUGUGGACCCUGAAAGUCAGUCAGAUAGAGCCGGAUUAAAAACAGGAGAUUUUAUAUUAGAGAUCAAUGGUGAAAAUGUAAUUCGAGCUACACAUGAACGGGUGGUGCAACUCAUUCGUACUUCUAAAGAUGCUUUAGUUAUGAAAGUUGUUACAGCACGACCAGUAGAGAAAGCAUCUGAUUGGUUUACACAUCAAGAUGGUUCUAUGACAUUACCCAAUCGAAAGAAGCAAGCCCCAUUACCACCUAAACGUAAUCCAGAUACAUCACUAUCAUUUAGUAAAGCUACUAGUAAAUCUAUGGCUGAGGGUCUAGCUGAAAUAGAAAAACUGGACCAAGCUUUAGCAGAAUUUGAUAUGACUGGAAAUCGUCGCCAUUCUUUGUCAAUUAAUGAAAUAAGCAGUGAGAAGAAAACAGCAUCUGUUCGUGGAUCUCAUGCUAUAAAGAGAGUGUCAUGCGUUGAUAUUAAUCAUAUUGUUGUUGGUGAUCAUAUUGAACCAGCUGAACCUACGUAUGAUACACCAUCUGUUCAACGAUCAAAAGACUAUAUGAGUCCUGCCGAACUACGAAUCAAAAAGUACCACAAAAAACAUAAUGGGACAAUGGAAAGAUCGAAAAGUACACCUGAUUUGGCCGUGCCUGAUGAAGUUGUUUAUGCGUCAACAGCAAUACCUGGUAGUGGUGUUACUGUAUAUGAUAGAUCACCUGUAAACAGAUCCCAUGCAACCUACCAAAAACCAGGUUCACCUGGUUAUUAUAGACAAGGUCAUAUGGCAGACAUUAAAAGACCUAUGUCACAUUUUGAUAGUGAUCGAUUAAAAACGGCCGUUUAUGCUGGACCUGUUGUAAUUAGAAGUACUGAUGAUAGCAAUCCACCAGAUAUUCCUGGAAGAGCCCCUGUUGCCAAACGUCAAGCGCCUAACCCACCCACAAAGUCAGAAUUAGUCAGCAUUAGCACAACCAGAAACAACAAUAUGUAUGCCAAUGUUUCAGCAGAAAUACAGGCUCGCAAGGAGAAAGAAAAGGAAGAAUCACCGUAUGAAUCUAGUUUCCGACCUGGUACCCUUGCUAGACUCACUAACCAACCUCGUGUUACUACCGCUUCUCUAGAACAGGCUAAACUUAAAUCUCAUAGAAAAACAAACAGUAUGGGAGCAAUUAGCAUCCAAGCUGAUGAAGAAAAUGAAAAUAAAGCUGGUUCUUCCUCUGAUGAUAGGGUGUUACAAAAUGCAGCCAACUUCAUUCAAAAACAUCCAAAUGCCAAGUUACUUGUGACAGCCGAUGUACAUCAAAAAAAAGAGAAGACAUAUUAUGAACCAGAGCCGGACUAUGAUAAUGAAAGUGAUGAUGAAAAAUCCUUGUUAUCUGCAUCUAGUUUACGAGCCCAGACUAACAUCAGUCGUCAGUCUAGUGUAACAUCUAGUGGCUCUAGAAAUACCGAAGAUGCUGCAAAACUUUUGGCACUAGAAGUCCAAAAGAGUGUACGUCCAAAAUCUACAUCAGUAACAGUAAUAGCCGUUGGUGAUACUUCCACCAUUAGAAAGAAUUCACCAGUAACUGAACGUCAUUAUUCCGUUCAUUCUGAUAUACCACCAGCUAAACAAACAGCACCUCAGACACAUUCUGAUACAACAAUGCAUGGUGAUAGUAAAGUUAUUAUUCCUUCAUAUUCAACUGAGUCUUCUAGCUACAGUACAUCUCAGUCUAACGUUACUACUAUACAAACUAACUAUAGUAAUCAAUCAACAAGAUCUACACCAGCCUCUAGUGUUAAUAGCUCACGUAGAUCUUCUAUACAGUCUAAUCUAAGUGCUGGUAGAGACAAUAUAUCUACUGAUUGUAUACCACAUCCAUAUACUACACCACCCCCACAAGCUGCUCCUCCCCCACCUCCACCAGCUCCUCCUGCUCCACCAGCUCCUCCUGCUCCACCACCAAUACCUACAACUCUUCCUCCCUCUACAUCCUAUGAAACCUUAAACCGAAGUCCUGCCAAACCAGAAGCAACAAACCAACCAUUGGUAUCAGCAAGUGAUAUUAUGAAUGCCGUCAAACUUAGACAGAAUCGUUUACAAAAUGAUGCCCCAAGGAUGUCACAAACCAAACCCAGUCAAGCAUUGCCUGUCAAAAGCAGUCUUGAUUUAAAUCAAGAAGCUUUGAAGGCUGCAGUAGCUGCAAGGAAAAGUCGACUGUUGCAAACCGAAGAGACAGCCGUGGUUGACCAAAUUGAAUCCAAACUUCAGAAAACAAAGAAAUUACAAUCGGCCAAAUACUUCUUCUCCAGUGAUACCAUCAAAAAUGAAACUGGAAAUACAGAAGAAAAAACAGAAAAGACACCAACUAAAUCAGCAACUAAGAAAGCUCCAGCACCAGAGCCACCAGCAGUAAGUGUCAAGCCAAAAAGUCCACAAGUUGUUGGUAAGUCUAAAAUCACAGCUAUUGGGAGUAGUAAAACAGAGACUGUGAAGGCUCCCACCUCAAAACCUGUUACUACUAGUCAAGGUGAUUCUAAACAAGCAUCGUCAACAUCUAAUGAUUUCCUAGCAAUGGCUGAAAAGGCUAGACAAGAAUUCCUGCAAAAGAAGAGUGGUACUACAAAAGGACAAUCUGUAACGCCUAUUUAUAGUUCUAGUGGUAUGCAAUCAGGGAAGAAAACAGAAAAGAAGAUUGAAAGUGAGCAAGAUGUAGAUAAAGAUGAUCCUCAGAUGUCUAUUAAAGAUAAAAUAGCUAGCUUUGAGAAACAGAAGAAGUUAAAUGGCGGUAUAAGUAAUGGUAAUAAUAUAGAGUUAGAUGGUGUUACUGAGGAUCAUUCACAUACAGAAGCUGGUAAUACAUUAACACGUAACGGUAAUAGUACGUAUUCAUCAGUUGUAGCACCACCACCAGGUUUUACAGAUAAUCUGGAGAUAAUACCUCCACCGGUUUCUUUCUCUAAUGAUGCUAGUGUCGACAGUGGACAUGGAUCAGAUCACUAUAACUCAGCCUUCGGGCAUGAAGAUUCAGCCAGUCUUGUAUCAUCAGCAUCAACAUUAAGUACACUAUCGAGUGAACAUGGAGAACAUGUCCAACGCAAUACACAUUUUGAUGAUAUGUUACCCCCUCCACCCCCAGCCUUUAGUGACAAUAUCAGUGACUUUGAUGACAUUCCAAAUGAUGUGAUUCCCCCACCACCCCAAUUUUCAAAUAGUGCCGACAUGAAACCUAAUCCGUUGAGACCUUAUCAAACUAAAAGUGUGGACACAUGGUUAUGCACUGAUGUACUAGAUUGGUUAGACAGUUUAAGUAUGGCUCAAUACAAAACCAGCUUUGCUAAAAAUUGUAUUGAUGGACCAAAACUUGUAAAGUUAGGUAGAAAUGAUUAUAUUGAAUUAGGUGUGACACAAGUUGGCCAUAGAAUGAACUUGGAACGAUCUAUUAAGAAAGUUGCACUUGGUAAAAUCAGUACGGCCAUGUAAUGUUGGAUAGAAAUUCAUAAUGAAAACUUUGUGAACAUUUAGAUAUAAUAAUGUAACAAGUGUAUGUUAAUGGAUUGUAAUCAAGUGAUGACUGAUCAAACAUUCUUCAAAUGAAAUUACUGUUUGUAAAUAUAAAUCAAAAACAAAAGUGUAUAUAAAACUACUUAUACUACUCAAUGAUGUUGAUUAUUUUGGAUUUUAUCUAGAAGUGAUGUAAACUGUAGUGUCAUUGCAAGUACAGUACAUUAAAACUAAACUGGCAAUUAUAAAUUAUAUUGUGAAAAAGGAAAAACCUAUUUAGGUGGGGGUUUUUUCCUAAAGUUAUUCUUUAUAUGUGUGCAUGUUCUCUACUCUGCCCUGAACGUUUUGGGACCUGCACUCAUUAGAAAAACUUUGUGCCCAAAGUUAAACUGGAUGUUCCCACUGUAAAUCACUGAUUUGUGUCGUUUUGGUCAUCCUGAUUUUUUUGGAAAAAAGUUUUGUAUGAUUUCUUGAUCUGGUUUAUGAUUAUUAGCCGAGUUUGCCAAAGUACUAUUUUCGUACACUUAACAUUUCUUGAACACAUUUCAAACUUUCUUUUUACUGAAUGUAAAUACUGUUAGAAAAGGUUAUAUUUACUAAUCUAUUUUGUGCACUUUAACUACAUUAAGUUGAAAGUCAAAUUGUUUUGUUAAUAAUUAAACUGUAUAUAUUACAAUGUUUAUAUUAUUGUUUAAAUAUUAUAAAGGUCUACAUUCCUGUAUACUCAAAACACAUUCGUUUUACUAUGUAGUAUAUUUUUCACACGUUAUAAGAUGAUAUGUUUGAUAUUAUGGAAGAGAAUAAUCUGAAAUAAGAAACUUUUUCUUCCCUAUUUUAUUUGUGAUGAUGAUUGGGACAUUCCAUGGUAAAGUAGAGAUUGUUAUUCCAGCAUUACUAUAAGCUUGUGUAUGGUGUAUAUAUACAAGUUAGUGCUAUAUUAUUACUUUGUAUAUUGUGUAUUUUUUAGAAAUGUUAUAUUUUAUUAUGUUGAUCUGCAAUACAUAUGAAAUUUAAUAUUGAUGCAAAGCAAUUAUUAAAUUUUAUUUUUGUUUUAUUUUAAAAUCAAAUUUGCUAUAAUUUAUGCACAAUUUUCCUAUAAAAGUAGUAGUUAAGUAUUUUCAUUUUAUGAACAUUCCAAAAUCCUGAUUGACUAAAUAUUGCAACAGUAGAAUUUUUAUACGCCCACAUUUUCAUGUGGACGUAUAUUGUCGUCGCCCCAGUCCGUCCGUCCAGAAUUUGUUUGUGGACUCUCUACAGGUCACAAUUCUUGUCCGAUUUUGAUGAAACUUGAAAUAUAGGUUUAUCCCUUAAGAUCUCAGCUGCUUUCGAUAUUUGCAUGUAUCGGAUCGAAACUUCAUGGAUUAUGGCCCCUGUUUGUACAAAAAUUCAUGUUUUUAGCUUGUGGACACUACAGAGGUCACAAUUUUUAUCCAAUUUUGUUGAAACUUGAAAUGUAAGUUUAUAACCCAAAGAUCUCAGUUCCUUUCGAUAUUCGUGCAUAUCAGACCGUAACUUCCUGAAUUAUGGCCCCUGAUUGUACGAAAAAAUCAUGUUUUUAGCUUGUGGACCCUAUAAAGGUCAUAAUUUUUAUUCGAUUUAAAAAACCAUAUUAUUAUAUCACCGUUACACCCUAAGGAAGGUUGAGUUCAAAUUUCGUGAAAAUCGAAUAAAAAUUGCCAGACAAAAUGGCCGCCAUUUGUACGCGAAUAGUGUAAAAAUAUGGUAAAUCAAGGUUGUGGACCCAGUAUAGGUCACAAUUUUAAUUUGAUUUGGAUGAAACUUGAAAUGUAUGUUUAUAACCUAAAGAUCAUGGUUCCUUUCGAUAUUUGCGCAUAUCGGAUAGUAACUUCCUGAAUUAUGGCCCCAUAUUAUACGAAAAAUCGCGUUUUUAGCUUGUGGACCUUAUAUAGGUCAUAAUUUUUAUCCGAUUUAAAAAAACGUAUUAUUAUAUAUCACCGUUACACCCUAAGGAUGGUUAAGUUCGAAUUUGGGGGAAAUCGGACCAAAAUUGCCGUACAAAAUGGCAGCCGUGUGUACACGAAUAGUAAAAUAGGGUAAAUCAAGGUUGUGGACCCUGUAUGGGUCACAAUUUUAAUCCGAUUUUGAUGAAACUCGAAAUGCAUUUUUAUAACCCAAAGAUCUUGGUUCCUUUCGAUAUUUGCGCAUAUCGAAUUGUAACUUCAUGAAUUAUGGCCCUUGAUUGUAGGAAAAAUAACUUUCUUUUUAGCUUGUUCUCUAUCCAUCUCUCAAAAAUGUGGGCGUAUCCUGCCUAGCAGCCGAUGGUUUACAUUUCUAUUAAUUUUAGGAUAAUUGAUUCAACUGUUUUGAUUAUGCCACAUUUCCUUUAAAUCUUUUCUAUAAUGAUAAAUGUUUCAAAAAUUAAAUGGUAACAAUGUAUGGAAGGAUAACGUUGCCAAUAUUAUUUCAAUGUUCAUGGUGAAAAUACAUCUGUCAGCAAUUCAAAAUACGUAUUUUAGUUUUACAAUUUCCAAUUUCCAAUGCUCCACAAUACCAAUGUUACAGUGUUAAAAUACAGAAUACACUUUUCAAUAAUACUAAAUACAGUAUAAUAAUUAUUCUGCACAUUACACUUCUCCAUUCUGCAUUUUGCAUAAUAGACAAAUGCAUAAUGGAACUUAGCAUAUUAGAACAUAUACUUUAUAUGGGAUCUACGACGAAGCUCAUUUGCAUACGAAAAAAAAUGUGGGCUAGUACAGAAAUUAAUAAUUUACGCUAUCAAUCUACAAGGUCAAGAUCAGUAGAAGGUGGCGCUACUCAUAUUUACCGACCUUCGGAAAACGAUCAAUGAAAUAAAAUGAAAUGGGGUUUAUUGUCCUACUUUUCUGCUCUGACUGGGCUAAUGAAAACUAUGGCCUACUCUUAUAUCGAAUUCCAACAGCCAAGGGAUCUUUUACGUGCAUGACAAUGUAUACACGGGAAUUCGGUUUUUCGUAACAUCCGACCUAGUGAAUUCCUUAUUGCAUACUAGCUUGAUUUCCUCUUAUUGCAUGGUAAGCCGAUUUAUUGUAUGGUGACUUAUUGAAUGCCAGCUUGAUCUCUGCCCAUUGACCUUGUAGAUCGAUCGGGUAAAUUAUUAAUUUCCGUCCUAGUCUGGACAUCACUCAGUUUGCAAUUGAGCUUUGACGAAGAUCCCAUAUAAGGUAUAUGUUCUACUAUGCUAAGUUCUAUUAUGCAUUUGUCUAUUAUGCAGAACGGAGAAGUGUAAUGUGCAAAAUAAUUAUUAUACUGUAUUUUGUAUUUUAACACUGUGACAAUAGUAUUGUGGGGGAAUGCAAAUUACAAUUUGUAAAACUAAAAUACCUAUUUUGAACUGCUGACAUAUGCAGUUUGUACAGUGAACAUUGAAAUAAUAUUGGCAACGUUAUCCUUCCAUAACAAUGAACCAUACUUCUUGCAAAGCACACCAUACAUUCUGCCUUUCUUCUUUUGUUGUCAGAUCUAGUCAUUGUAAGAUAAACAAAUCAUUAAUACUAAUUGUUUUAAAGACUAGCCCAUUCUAGUGUCUUUUAUUGAAUUCUUUUUUUUUUAAAAACAAUUUUAUUUUAUUCUUCCUUAAAAAUAUUUUAAAAUAUGAUUUUUUUUUUAUAUUGGCCAAAAACUAUUGUACUGGGAAGUUAAAAAUAAUUUGGGCAUUUAAUUACAACAAAAACAUGCACCAUUGAGUAAUUGUAUAAGUCAUUAAAGCUUGCCAGAAUUAUAAUAAAUAUAUAAUUUAAUUUAAUGUGUAAAUAAUUCAAAAUAAAGUGGAAUUAUUGUUUAUAUAAAUGAAUUCUAUAAAAGAAAUUAUUUUAGUUUCUUGCCAUAAAGAAUGUGAUUAAAGGUAUGUAAAUGGUUAUAGAGGAUAUUAAUUAAAGCUGUAUAAGUUUUAAUGUGUACAUAUAUUAUUUAUUUCAUAUCUUUCACAAAUGUUAAUAAGCUAUUGAAGAAUGAUGUAUAAAUCGAGCAAAGAAUGUCCAAUAAAAAAAAUUCUUCCA